AGAGGAGGAGAGAGGAGGAGAGCGGAGGCUUUGGGGGUGGAACCACUCACUGAGGCUGCUGCCCUUCCCGGAAGAAAGGAAGAACACAUGGGCAAUGGCAUAGGAUGAUGUUUGGAGCCAGUACCUACAGCUCUAGGGACCCCAGAACCGCAGCAUCCCGUACCCAGAGCAGCCUGUCCAGCCCCAGGUCAACAGAGAAUCACGGGUUAGAGCUGCAGCUGCAGAUGCUGUUCCCCUAAGACAUGUGGCUUUGGCGCAUAAAGCCGUGGGGCCUCGCACCUGGAGGGCUGAAAUGGAAGGGAGGACUCCGCUACCCUCCUGUUUUGCUGCCUCUGAGGCCGGUCAGUGGCUGCAGGGCCCCGUUGGUGACAGCGACAGCCUUGGUCAAGCACUGGGCACAGCUCUUUGAGGAAAGGGGAGUGCCCGAAGCCCGGGAAUCCAGCGAGUACAUCGUAGCUCAUGUGCUUGGAGCCAAAACAUUUCAGAGCCUGCUGGCCAGCCAGAGAUCCACCUGCGUCACUGACCUUCAACGGAAGCAGAUUGGAGAGCUGUGCGCUCGGAGGCUUCAGAGGAUGCCUGUGCAGUAUGUCAUUGGUGAAUGGGAUUUCCAGGGCCUCACUCUCAAGAUGGCGCCUCCAGUCUUCAUCCCACGGCCUGAAACUGAGGUAGGAAAGCUGUCUGUGGCCAUGAGGCCAGCUCUCCUUGGUGGGGGGGAGCUAGUAUCUAUAUGGACACAUCACCUACCUACUCAUGUAAAUACAUAUGCUGGGGAUGUCUCUGUUCUCUGCCCUCUAUUAAUCCAUGAGCACAUGCAAUGGGGGACACACGCCUCACCCUAUCCUUUUCCUCUUCUUCCCCACAGGUUCCAUUUGGAAAAUAGGAUCCAGAUUGUCCGCCAUGAUAUCACUUCUGGAGUGAACAGGAAACAGCUGCUUCCCUGGGGACCAGUGGACUUUGUGGUCAGCAACCCCCCAUACAUUUUCCAUCGUGACAUGGAGCAGCUGGCCCCCGAGAUCCUCAGCUAUGAAGACACUGAGAGUUUGGAUGGAGGUGAGGAUGGCAUGAGGGUGAUAAGAGAGAUCCUGUCCCAGGCACCCAUGCUGCUGAAAGACUCAGGAAGCAUCUUCCUAGAAGUUGACCCUCGGCAUCCAGAGCUAGUUGGGAAUUGGUUACAAAGCCACCCUGACCUGGCUCUUUCAAUCUCUGCCACACAUGUUGACUUCUGUGGCAAGCCCCGGUUCCUACAUAUUCGCAAGUUGAGGUAGUGGCAGUUGGGGUACCCAGAACAUACCAAACCUCUGGUUCAUGGGAGCUUCCAGCAGAUCCAUCUUUUGAAGGCUAAUAAUGCAGCAAGAGGCAAGGUUGUCCUCCCAGGAUUGAGGGCCCAGACUCCGGGAGCAUGGGGUUCUCCAUGGUGGAGGAGUAGGGAUGGGGGAGGUCUAUGGGGAUCUUAUUCCAUCCAUCCUCUUGCUACCAAGAUGCUCAGGUUUAGGAUAGACACUGGAGGGUCUUUACCCCUGUCCUGGGCCUGCUCACUAGUAGUGGGGGUUGGUGUUUAUUCUCCUUCACAGAAAUAUUCCUUAUAGACCCUCAGGAGAACUUACCACCUCCUUUCCUUACGAACAUCACACCCCCACGUCAUCAACAACUACUCCUAACCAGUCAAUAUGGAGAAAAGCUAUUGCCCUGACCAGAAACAGGGAUAGACAAAAAUGACCUCCAUUGGUCUUUUCUAAAGAGUACUAGAUUUGGAGAUGAGGGACCUAGAUUCAAAUCUGUGACCAAUUUUGCCACUACUAACUGUGAGAUAUAUGAGCCUCAGUUUCCUCUCCUGUUGAAAUGGGAAUAAUAAUAUUUGCAUCCUCUUCACAGGGUUAUUAGAAUCAAAUAAGAUAAUGUACAUAGCAUGUUUUGUAAACUCAAGAGUUUAAUGUUAAAUAAAUGUAA